GCGGAACUGAAGGUCAGGCAGAAUGCCGUUCCCUGAACCGAUACCGUCCUAUUUUGACUUACAACCUUCGUCAGGACCAUCAUAUCAGUUUAGGUCUGUCGAAGAUGUCAACAAUAUUGUCCAAAUGCUGUUAUGGAAAGUCUCUCAAGAACAACGGUAUACUGGCGUUGGUUGCAUACAGGAGGAGCUUUUCAGGCAUUAUCCGUCAGCCAUAAAUUUUAUUACAAGCAUUCGAAUGAAUGCAGACUGUAUACCCCGUCUGGCAGAACACAAAAAGUUAAUUCAAAGGGUUAACACGCUUUUGUGGGCGUAUGCUACUACUCGUAACGUUGUAACUUUGGCGGACAUGGAGCAGCUAAUACAGUUGGAAGCACCAAAUGAUUAUCGACUUCUUGGCCCAAUCGUAAGUUUACCAGCUGCACUAGAAAUACUUCAAGUUAGUGAAUUUGAUCAACAUAUAGUGGCGUGUUUCACAACAGGAUUUACAAAUCAAGCACUGAAAAUGUGUACAGAGGAUGUUUUAGAAGAACUAAAAACUUGCAUCUGUAAAAAUCGAUAUCGUUUACCUACAACUGUUAGUCGAGGAUCAGUUUAUUCGUGGUGGGAAUCAGUGUUUACAAAUCAUAUGCUGGGAGUUUUGGAUAAUGUCAGGGUCGUACAACAUAGCAAUCAGUAUCAAAAGUUGAAUCAGCUGGCCAAGUAUGGAAUUAGAAUUAAGGGGUUCUCCCAUCUUGUCCAAGAAAUAACAAAUAAUCUAAGGCCUGAGAAUCUAAAUAAAGCUGCUAGACUAGCACAAGAUCAAUUAGAUAAUGAUAUCCGUCAAUUGUAUAAGGACUUUACUUCCUCCUUGGUGAGUAAAUCAGCUCUAAAGUCAUAUCGAUCUAUGAAACCAGUCAAUGUUCUUAAACAUUUGGCAACUUGUGCUACACAGUUACACGCUGAACUGCAAAAUUGGGCUGAAGAGAGAAGUUUAGUAUGGCCUAAAGGACAUUUAGAUUCGCUACUUGUAUUUGGUCAAUUUAUGCAACGUAUUGCUGCUACUGGGCCUUUUCGUACUCUCGUACAUUUACUCAUUCUACUCUUCAAUACGGAAUCAAUGAAUAUCAAGGAAUUAUUGACUCGAAUCGUAUCGUCUGUGCGUAAGGCGGAUCGAGUUUUGGAAUCAUCGUCACAACCAACAGCAGCAGAUGAUACGGAACUUAUUGACCUGACAGUUAAUUCAGACGAUGAAUUAUGUGAGAUUUCAACGAAACUUGACGAUGCUAUCACAACUAAGUAUCCCGAAUUGACAGAGAUUGUAGACAAAUUUAAUGAUUUGUUAAGACAACAACAGCAACACGAAGAAGAAGGUAAUGUUGUGAAUCAAUCCAACAAUUUGUGGUUAUCACUGGCAUCAUUGGAACGUGAAAUUUUCCCACAAGUAAUUGGUCAGAAUUCUCCAUCUUUAUUAAGUCUACUUGCUGAAGCUAUAAAUGACGGUGUGAACAAUGUGAAUUUAUUUCCAGUUAAUGUGACUGAUAUCAGAAAAGAUAAAAUACGUGAUGAAAACAUUUACAAUGAAUCAAGUCCAGGUAAAGCUAGUGUACUACACGAAGAAUCAUCAACAUCAAGAGAUAUAGAUCCUGGAUUAGUAUUUGACUUCGUACAGAAAUUGACAUGUAUCUCUUCGAGAAGUAAAGAGGAAUUGUGUAAACUUGUCUGUGAAAAUUUACGUAUCAUUCACACAUCAAAAUUGGAGCAGUUGAUUGAAUCAAUUUUAUCACAAAUUAUGGAUGAUCAUGAAAUCAAUAAAGUAAAACCAUUAGUUUAUCAUCAUCAUGUUCAUUUACCCAACAUUUUAACUAUGGAAGAAACUCAACAAUCUAUAAGUUUACAAUCGUCAUCGUCAGAUAUUAUUUCGCGUUUGCUUACUCAACGUGAAUGUGUCCUAAGCUUUCUGUCAGCCUGUCCUUCUUUAAUGGAUUUAGAAGCAUGGUCUCAAUGGUAUCAAGAUUGUCUAUUCUAUGAUCGUUGGGGUAGUCUUGAUUCAUUUCUUAUAGAGGCUGGAGCUGAACAAGUAUGUGACCAAUUCAAUUUACUUGCUAUACGUAUACUUCCAUUUGAUGGUGCCGUUGUUGGUAACAAUAGCCAACUUUUACGAUUAACUGCACAUCCUUCAUCGAAUGAUUUAAAAGAUGCAUUAGAAAAAUGGCGAUACAAUCGUGAUUCUCUUACAAUUCGUCUUGUUGGAGAUUAUCUAAUCGGUUCAGUUAUCAAGGCUAGUAGAUUGACAAUUAGUCAAGCAUGUUCCAUUAUUACGAAUCAUUUCACUACUACUACUACUACUACUACUACUAACAUUUCUAAAAAUGUCUCAGAUUCAAAUGAAUGGAUUUAUUUUGUAUACAGUCUGUUAAUGAAGUUACCAUACAGUCUAUUAGGUUUGGUAUUCUCUUUAAUUAUUAUUCCAAGUUUAGAAUCAGCAGGAAUUCGAUAUUCUACAUCAUGGCCAUUAGAUAAAUCUGAUAUAUCACUCAUGAAUAAUAAUGUUUCAUCUAUCAAUUAUAGUCUUUUACAUAUCUUCUUCCAUGAUGAACUUCUUUCUUUGAAUACAUUCAUUGAUGAGAAUAAUUCACAAUUGAAUCGAAUUUAUUUAAUUUCUGCUAUUGGUAGUAUUGGUUAUCAAUUAAAAUGGCCUGCUUAUAUUAAAUAUUUUGAAGAAAAUCGUUUUAAAUUAAUUGAUAACCCAACUACUGUUACUAUGAUGAAUAUUGAUCAAAUGAAAAACAUUGAUAUGAAUUGUCAAUUAUCAACAAUUAGUAUUUUACCUUCAUCUUUAUCUGAGACCCAAUUCAUAUCUGAAAAUGUUGAUAAUAAUGAUAGUAAUCAAAUAUCGACUUGUUCAAAAUUAAUGGAGAAUAAUGAAGAUAUUGCAACCAAUGUAUCCAUUCAAAGUAACGAUGUCAAUACAAACGCCAGUGAUAUUUGCAAAUCUACAAUUCACUUGGAUAAAAACAUGACAAUAGCUGAUUCUAAAAAUCUAUCAUCUGAUCGCCAUCAAUUUAUCGAAGAGAUUAGACGCCGAGAAUUUGGUGUCGGUGUUGAAUUAAGUGAAGAAGCAACUGAUCUAAUUCAGAGAGUUGAAGGGAAAUUAUCACGUAGUCUUGUACAAUUAUCUGAAGAACUCUAUGGUCUACCUGGACAUUUUCUUCUAGAACUAAUACAAAAUGCUGAUGAUAAUACCUAUGGGAUAAAUGAUGUUCCUACAUUACAACUUCAAUUAUCCACCAUUUCUACAAUUAAUAAUGAGUGUAAUAGUAAUACUAAUGAUCAAAAAUUCUCUUUACUUGUUAUGAAUAAUGAAUCUGUUGGAUUUACUGAACAUGAUAUGUCUGCAUUAUGUGAUAUUGGUCAAAGUACUAAAGUGACUCAACGUGAUGCAAAAAUAGGACGUAAGGGAAUCGGUUUCAAAUCAGUCUUCAAUAUUACAGAUACACCAGAAGUUCAUUCUAACGGAUUUCAUGUUCGUUUUCAUCGACAAUCGAAAUGUACAAAGUACACUUCACAAACGCCGCCAUCAUUAAUACUCAUACCUGAAUGGUGUGAUAAUGAGCAAUUGAUGAGAUCUCAAGAUUAUUCUAAUGAAAUACCAUCAUGGUGUAAAACUUUAUUUAUUCUACCGUUGAAUUCUGAAACAUUAAUUAAUCGUUCAACGAGAAUAGUUCAAUCACCCGCUCUCUAUAUUACUCAGCUCGUUCAAACAACACUGCAUCCUAGCUUAAUGCUCUUUCUUAGACGUUUACAAUGUCUUCGAUUCUCCUCUAUGGAAUCAAAUAUUUAUUGGAGUGUAAAACGUACCAUAAAAACAUUAUCAUCAUCUAUAUCAGGAAAAACUCAAUAUAUUACUGAAAUGAUAACAGUUCAUGAAACUCAAUGUAAUCUAUCAUCAGAUGGUGAAACCAAUACAAUAUAUAAAUGGUUCUGUUUUAAAGAAAUAAUUCCUGUUGACUAUAAAGAGCCAAAUAAAAAUCUUCCAUCACAGACAGAAAUAUCAUUGGCUAUUUCAUUGAAUGAUUCAGAUAAUCUACAACCAUGUCCUAUAUUUUCUUAUUUACCAAUACGUAGUGUUGGGUUCCGAUUUUUUAUAAAUGCUGAUUUCGAUUUAACUUCUUCACGUGAAGACGUUGAUUCAACAAGUGCUUGGAAUCGUUGGCUUGUAGGCAAAAUACCAAAUAUCUUUUCUGAUAUGAUUGAAUGUAUUGAAAAGUUGCCAGAAUCAUGUUUUACAAUUGACUUGGAUUCAUCUCAGUCAAAUGACAAUUUGGGAUAUACACGCAUUGAAUUGAUUGGGCGUAUUAUCUCUUGUCUUCCAUAUAAUUUAUCAUUUUCAUCAUCAACGGCAGCCGGUUGUUUGACAAACCGUUCCAUCACAUCGUCAUCAUCAUCAAUCUCCACAACGAUAACAAAUGACAAUGUGUUCUUCGGCUUACCAAAUCAAUUACGCGCUAAAUUAUCAAAUCUUGCCUGGUUACCAGGUAUUCAACGUACAGUUGAUUGUUUGCCGAACAUUGAUUCGUGUAAAUACGUGAUUGCAUCAAGGUUAUUAGUUGUUCCGACAUUAUUAUCCUCAACGUCAUCUUCAUCAAUGUUGAUUGAGAAAGAAUGUAGCCAUUCUUCCGAAGAGACAAACUCUAUUACCUCAUCCAAUCAUAGCGAACUAAUUCUCUUACAUCUUCUGAUCGAUUAUCUACAAAUAUAUGAACCACAUCCAGAAUUGUUAGUCUUUCCAUCGCAUCAUAGACGUUUAUCAAUGAAACCAGUUGAAGUAGAAGAUACUGUGAAAGAUAUGACCAAUGAUAAUGAGAUUAUUGAUAAACAUCAAUCUACAGAUUAUUUAAUAGAUCGAAUUAGAAUAGAUGCGUUGCAUUGGUUGGGUGCUCAAACAAUUUCUGUUGAAUCUCUUUUAAAUUUAGCUACAAAUUUAAAACCUGAGGAUAUCAAUCGUCCUGGUUUACUUUCAGUACUCAUGUCUAGUUUUGAUGCUUGUUUAACUACAUACAAUACACCUACUUCUAAAUGGUCAUCACAAAUAUCAUUAUCAUCUAAACCGUCAAUUGCGGUAUCUAGACGUCGUCUUCUAACAGCUCUACAACAUUUGCCUAUUUUUCCAUUAACUGAUGGACAAUGUAUUCGUUUAAAUGAUAAACAGAAACAUGUUUGGUCUAAUGAUAUCCAUCCAGUUGUUUUAUUACCUCCGUGUCCAUCAGAAAUCGCUUCCAUGUUGAUUGGAAUCACAUAUGAUGAUUAUAUUCAAUUAAUAGAGAAAUUAGGACCAUUAAUUGAACCAGAUGCUUUUCAAUCUAAUCAAAUUAAUUAUCAUAAAGAUUAUUCCACUUUAUUAACUGAUCAAUCACCAAUUGGAUUAGGUUUACAAAUAGCUUAUCCUUCUAUUGUUUUUACAAAAUGGAUUAUUCCAUAUUUAAAGGUAAAACAAUCCAAUGAUAAUUUUAUGAAUGUAUCAAUGAUACAAAUGAAUUGGUAUAUAACUGUAGCACAAUUUUAUACUUCAAUUCAUUUCAAUAAAAGUCAUUAUCAAAUAGAAAAUAUUAAUGAAUUUUCAACUAUUCUACCAAUUGUUGUUUCAAAUAAAUUUGGAGAAAAUUCUAUUCUACCAGCAUUAUGUGAUUAUUAUGAAAAUGGAUUACAACGUGAUCAACCAAUUAUUUUACCUCCAGCUACUUUUACUAUCGCUUCAUCAUUAUGUUCAUCAAAUGGUACAAUGGAAUUAUCAUCAUCAUCUUCUUCAUCAUCAGUAAAUAUGGAUAGAAAUUUUAUGGAACAAUUAGAAGUUGAUUUAUUCACAUUUUUAAUUGAACAAAUAAAUGAUUCUGAUUGUAUGUAUACUGUGUCACCAAAAUAUUUUCAAGGUUUUUCAACGAAUCCACAACAAGCUUCUCGAUGGUAUGAUCUAUUUUCAAAAGCUGGUGUGUGCACUUUAUUGUCUGUUCACAAAAUCAAGUAUUUUUAUCAAGUAUCUGGUACAACUUUAACAUCAGUAAAAACUUCUAAACAUGAUGUUACAUCAUCAAGUAUAUUAAAAGAUGCAAUAUCUUUACCAAUAAAUCAUCGUUUACAAAAGUCAAUCACUGAUGCAUUACACAAACAGGGUUUAACAUUGUCAAUCAUGAAUACACCAUUAAUUAACAAUAGUACUAUAUAUUUGAUUGAAGAUUAUACUUCACCUGGUAUUGAUCUACUUCUAACCUGUAUUGCACGACUUCAAGGUAAAUUAAUGGGAAAAGAAAUGGCUGAACGUUUAAGCUGUCUACUACAUGAUAAUUGGUCUUCAUAUAGUCCAGUUCAAUCUGCAUUAUUCACUCGUAUAAAAUCUCAAAAUGAUUCAUUGGAUAAAUUGGAUUCAAGCGCAAAUGAUGAAUUACCUACUACUAUUAUUACUACUAAUGAUACAUUACAUUAUUUAGAUUAUUCAUCUUGGUUAUAUAAACUACGUGAAACUGUUUGGUUACCAAUUGAAUCAACUACAUUAACUACAUCAUCCUAUCAACUUAUGUGUCCUAUUGAUUCACGAAUGAUUUAUUCUCCUUCAGCAUUUUAUCAAAUACAAUUACAAAAUACUCAAUUAUUUAAACUUCUUAAAGAUACUUGUUAUAUUUGGUCACCUGGAUCAUAUAUUCUUAGUAAUCCAUUGAAUAGUCAAUUUACAAAAUCUAUUGGUCUUAUUAAUCAACCUGAUCGUUCAACAUUUGAAGCUUUAAUGAAGUGUUUAGGUGAAAAAGUUAGAGACAAUUCUAUUGAUUCUGUACACCUAACACCAGAUCUUAUGUUAUUUAUAUAUCGUACUGCUGUACAAUAUUAUCUUCAUGAUGUCGUUGGUGAUUAUUCACGGACAAUUGAUUCAAGUACGGAGCAUUCAUUAAUUGAUUGGCUUCGGUUGGUAUUUGCAAAUCCUACCUAUCCAUGUAUUUUAGUUCAAUGUCCAAAUACGAUGAUAACACGAAAACCUAUGCAUAAGCGUCCACGUAGUGAUACUACUACUGUCAAUACUGAUAAUAUUGAUCUCUAUGAAAGCAACGUUUAUAAAUGUCCUGUUUGCGAGGCGAUGUCGAAAUCAUCAACUUCAAUGAAAACAGUACCAGGAAAACGACGUCAACGGUCAAAUGUUGAUAUAGACAUUAGUGGCUGUAGCAGUGAUGAAGUAGACCAGUCUACACCUGCAUAUCAUUUGGUUGAUAUUGAUGUUGUUUGUUGGGAAUCUGUUGUUAUUGACAAUCAUUUACUCAACUCGAAAUAUUUAAAUGAUAACUGUAGCAGUGGUCUAGGAAAUAACAAUUCUGUGCAUAACACAGAAGAUGAGGAAGAAGAUACUGUUGAAUAUUUCAAUGAUCAAUGUAUACUGGUCAAUUGUAUUAUGUCUGAUGGGAACGAACAACCAUACAUCCCUGUAAAAACUAUAAAUCGACCACGUGUAUUUGUUUUAUCGAAAUGUUAUGGUUCAGAAUCUCGUCAAUUUUUCAUUGAAAAACUUGGUUUACCAUCGACUUCGACAAUUGAUGAAGUUCUCGCUUUACGUCCAAAUCUACCAAUAAUCACUCAUCAUAAUAAUGAUAAUACAGAUUAUAGAACAUAUUCAAUAUAUAAUAAAUCAUUAUAUGAAUUUAAUAAAAAAUUAUCACAUUGGUAUUCAUUAUUGGAUUAUUGUUUAUAUGAAGAAUAUUUCACUGAAUAUCGAUUACAUAAUAGAACUGAAAUCAAUAUUUAUCAAAAUAAUAAAUCAAUAAAUGAUAAUAAACAAAAAACGAAUCAAACUACCAAUAAUUUGAUAAAUAUUGAUAUUGAAUUGAAUAAAAGUACUCAAUUAAAUUAUAUUAAACAAUUUCCAAUUAUAUUAGAUUCAUUUGGACAAUGGCAUAAACCAUGUGAUAUUGUUACACUGACCUCCACUUCGACGAAUGAUGAUGAGGAUGAUAACAGUGAUGAUACUACAAAUCAUCAAAGCAAUAAACUUUAUUUAUUUGCCUGGUCUAAACCUAUACAUGCUCGUUUAAUUCAUGAAAUGAACUGGAAACAAUGGAAUGCUAGUAAAAAUAAUGUCGAUGGAAAUAAUGUUUCAUUCAAUCCAAUCUUUCGUAUAAUGGCGCAUAGUUUAAAUUGUCUAAAUGCAAGAUAUACUGGAAGUAGUUUAAAAAUGUCUCCAUUUUCAACAAAAUCAGUAUUUACUUCUACUUCUUUUCUGUUGGAUCAGCUUACAUCAUCAUCAUCAUCAUCAGUACAGUAUUAUUGUCGUGAAGGAACUGUACAUGGCCUACUUCUUGAUUUGUUCAGUCUACCGGUCAUUGAUCAUGUCAGUGAAUUAUCCAUCAAACAUCAUUAUCAUCAUCAAGUUAAUACUAUUAAUUAUUAUUCUAAUCCAACUAGCAGUUUUAAAACUGAUACCUUCAUGAUACCAUGUCGUGCAUUAGAUAUGUUUUUAAAGGGUUUAAUGCGUUUAAUUCUAUUAUGGUGGUGUUCAACCAUUCAUUCUUCAUCAAAUACUACCAAUUAUCAUACUAAUACAUCAGAAAAUUCAAUCGAUCAAACUAUAGUGAAUGGAAUUUUGGAAUCAAAAGAGAUUAAUGCUUUUCUGGUUGAUCAUCUACAUAUUGCUUUAUCAUUUAACAAUACUUCAUUAUAUUCAAAAAUCUUAUCUAAUACAGGUAUAGAUCUAUCAAAACGUUUUAUUGGUUGUCUAUUGAAUGGGAAAUUAUUUCUUGACAGCACUUUAGGUGCUAAUAUAUUUGCCAAUUUAUCCCAAAUACAACCAGAUCAUGGUACACAACUAAUUUAUCUUCUUUUGGGUUCUAUGAAUGAUCCAUUAUUGAAACAUUCCAUUGGUUUUGAUUCUAUUGAUAAUUCGUUGUUAUCUCAAAUUAUUGAUUUUAUCUGUCCAUAUGGUGGACUCAAAAAGAUUAGCUUAACGCAAUUCAUUCAAGGUUUCAUUAAUUUAGCUUUAUCAAUUCAAACCGAUAUAACAGUUUUUAUAAAUCAACCACAUUUAAAUUCAACUUUUCUAAGUCAAUUAGAGAAUUAUCUUGUAUCACAUGGUGUAAAACAACGUAAAGCUAAACAUGAAUUACAUUUGUUAUGCCCUCCAUUACUACCGCCGUCGUCAACAUUAACGUCAAAAGUAGUGGAAUGUUAUCAAAAUAAUCAAACUACUGAUUCAUCUGUUAGUAGUAUUAGUACUAAUAGUGAUGAUAACAUAGUAUUAACUAGUCAAAGUAUUAAUAACAAUCAACCGUUGAUUUCAGUGAAUUCUUUCGAGGUAAUACCUUCGAAAUCAUCAACAUUUACUACUACUACUAAUAGACAAAGUACACGAUAUGAUACAACACUUAGUGCUAUGCAAGCCAUUAGUACUGGUACCACUCCAUUUAUUCGUCUUUCUAAAGAAACAUGUCAAUCAAUUGAUCAAAUUCAUGAUAAAACAACAUUUUGGUUCAAUGAUGAGAAUACUGUUAUUCCAGAAAAUUUAAAAACUCGUUUAAAUCGUAUGCUUGUAAAUACUACUGACAAAUCUACUAAUAUUGGUCGUAUAGGUGAAUUAUAUAUUUAUCAUACAUUCAUUGAUUAUAUUCAUCGUAUACAAAUUCAUCAUAAUAAUUUUGAUGAAAUGACUAGUUGUGAAUUUCCUACUGGGCAUCCUUUACUUGGUAUUGGACGAUUAAUUCGAUGUAAUUGGUGUAAUUCCGAUGUGGAAUCAAUGAAACCAUAUGACUUUGAGGUAGAUGUUCAAGUUGAAUGUGAUGCGAACAAGUGGGACAACUUAAUUGAAAACUUAAAGGAUGAAAUAAAUAACAAUAUUGUUCGAAUUAUUCGUAGACCUUCACAACAACAAGAUAGUACAUCAUCUGAAACAUCAGGUUUGCUAUCUGUUGGUCCUAUAUUCAUUGAAGUUAAAUCAACAAUGGAUUCGACUAAUCUACAUAGUAAUAAUAGUGAAACGAAUUUAAAUUCAGGAACUGAUCUUUUUGAAUUUUCAUUACCGGAAAUUUUGUGUGCUUCACAACAAGGUUGGCGUUAUCAUUUACUACGUGUAAUAUGGAAAAAUGAUUACAGUCAAGAUUUCUGCCAAAUGCGUAUCGCUUCUGCUCCGACAGUUAUUCACAUUCCAGAUUUGUCAAAUGUACUCAGACAGAAAUCAGUGAAUAUACGUUUAUGCUUAGCUUUGUUACGAAGUGAAUGGAUAAAAUGAAUCCCUUGUAAAUUCUAUUCAGUCGUACCCUUUCUAACCUAAUCCAUUGUAAUUAGUCUUGGUUUGCUUUUCAUCAAGUCUUGUUGGUGGAUAAAAAUAAACAGAUAAAAUAUUUUUCCAGUAGAAUGGACUUUUGUUACACCUUUAAGCCUGGUUGGAAAACCGAAUCGAUAAUACUGAGCUUUGUGUUUAAGAUGAAUAAUAGUCUAAUAAUGAGACUCUACAAGUUCAACAUCGAAAAAUGAGACUUAUGAAGUCGGUCGUCAAAAUAGCUUGUCUAAACUUCAUCACUUCAACAUAUUGUAAUGAAGGUAUCUUCGAAAUAGCUAACAAUGUAUGUAAAACACUAACUUGGUUUUACACUGUCCUAUAAAAUCUAUUUUAAAGACGACUUUUUUAAGUAGUUGAAAUGCAAUCACUGAAGUUCGCCGGCCAUCUGUCUUCUAAACUCUAAUUUUCCAAUGUCUCAUGGGUAUAGCUUGGAUGAAAUGAAUUGGGGGAGGGAAACUAGUGGUGGAUACAAAAUAUACCGAUUACUAGUAGGGUGGGGAAAAUAGUUCUGAAAUGUCUCGCGUAGACAGUUGUAUUUUCCAACAAGUAGCGGAAGUUUAAAAUUUAUAUUGUCAACGGAACUAUGUGUGUCUCAGCAGUGAUAUGUUAGACGGACACAUACCAUCCUAUUUUAAUUGGGGUUCUUCGACAUCAAGAUAUAUACUGCAAGCACAUGUGUUAGGAUCAAUGAACGGAGAUAUUAUUCUUUUUCCAUGUCUAGUCACCUGAGAGUUUUAUGAUUUUACAAAUGAGUAAAUUUUCCUCAAUAGGUCAGGAAGGAUUAUUAUGACAAAAUGCCACCAUAAUUUACGGACACAGAGUCGGGUAAAAUAGUCAGGCCUCGGGAUUGACAGAAAAAUGCCUUGAAACCAUAUUUAGCUGUAUGAAUCUCAAGAUUCAUACUGUGACACCCUGUGGUUCGAAUUAUCAUCUAUUAUUUGAUGUGUUGGAAAAAAAUUUGUAGUUCGACAAACCAAGUUUCCCUUCACUUUUCCCAGCUCAACCUCUGUUACUAACAGGGACUAUCCUCUACAACAAGCCUAGGGGAAUACUUAUUUAUCAUUGAGAAAUAUGGAUUUGUUAUAAAGAGAUCAUUAUGUUCCAUAAUCCUACCCACUUUAGACAGAUUAAACCUUGAGGUGUUCCUUAAACUGAUACUACCAGAAUACUUAUGUGUUUAGUAGCCUAUAUCUUUGACAAUACAUUUUACUUCGUAUCACUGAACCCCAUUCGGAAAUGCUCUUAUCAGAGAACGUUUCUCACUAUGAAGUCCUGUUUGUAGUAGAAACUGGUUGUUGACUGUCAUUAAUAUUCAAAAUGAUCCUAUGAAACGUGUCUUCCAACGUUCAUCCGUGUACGUGAACAAUUAUGCAGUGUGGAUUGAUCUACUGGUCCGUUUCCAACUUGCAUUCCCGUGCAAACCAGGCAAAAAACGGAAUUCCAGAUACGUGUUUCUGAUAAGCAAGUAGUCCAGAAUUUAUCCUUGAUUCUAAUCCUAAAAGCCUUCCUCUGAUUCAGAUUUGACCCUGACGAAGUUAAAUAGACUAUAUUUAAAAUUCUUUCUUGGAUAACCUGUCCGCUUGACGAGUAUCACCAGGCUCAUGAUAGAGAAAUUCUAGAAAAAUAUUUUUAAAUAUACAGCUCUUAUUUUCAGCAAUGAAAUCCUGGAGCUAGAUUGUUUACCAAUAAUUUUACAUCACGCGCCAAAUCUAGUUAACUUGCAGCGACAAGUGUGAGGAAUCACCAUUCUCUUCUCUGACAGCUGAUCAAACCAAAGAUAAAUGGAGUAGAAAAUUGACCCAAUUAAUGAAGUUGGAGCACUGGAAGAAUUGUAGUUUGUUCGUUCCUGCUAAAGUUAAAUUUUCGGCAACUGCAUUUCUGGUUUUGCCUUUUGUUUCUCUUCAUUCCAGGUUGGUCAUUGCAUACGCAUAACAUGUGUAGAGCGAAGGUUAUGCAAGCAUGACAGACAAAAUUAAUAAUGCUACUUAUUACUGUCGUUCGAUAAUAUAUGAAAAAAUUUAUCGUUGUGUGAGUGGCGUCGUGGCUUGUGAUUAUUGGCAAUAAAAAAUUAUAUUGUAAAGCCAUUUGUUUCUUUGACCUUAACAAUUGGAGAAGUUUGCAGAAUAGCAUCCCGAAGCUAAGAAUUAGUCAUCUGCGUAUCAGCCUCAAAACACCUAUUGUGCUACUAAACCCUUCAAUAGUAACUGUGAUUGUUUAGAAAAUAUACUGACUUUGAUAAUAGUAUAAAAUUUCCCAGUGAUAGGUUAUUAGCAGAGUAUUCAUCGUCAUUAGUUUAUGUACUCCUUUCGUCCACUACAUAGCAGUGUCUAAUUUUAUGAUAUACACUGUCUUACAGUCAAAAAUCGGCUUCACCUCAAAUGGAGCACUUCUCUUCGAUUGGUACCUAAUCUAUAGUUCUGACAUGAACUUUCACAAUCAGCCAAAUAGAACCUUCCUAAUGACCAUCAUGGUCCUUUCAUCCCUCUUAUUUGUUUUUAGGUCAAGACAUUAAGGGACACUCGAGUAUCACAUGUUCCUAUCGUACAUUGUUCCGCUAAUUUAGUAAUGAAAUUGUAUAGUUUUAUUUGGAAUGUUUAAUGUUUUUUUCCACUUUCUUUGCUGUACACGAAUAUUUUUUUCAGCCAUAUCUUUCAUGUUUCCCGGCACUUCAGAGCAGCUACGAGUCUGGAUUGUGAGCUGAAGGAAAUGGCGAGGUGAUUAGUAUAUUAGUCUUGUUUGUCUUGCGCUGUUUCAGCAGUGAUGUGCUUGAUAGCCUAUGAUUCUGGCCAGCAUGUGUAAUGGUUCAUACACGUUGAAAAAUGAACGUGGUUAAAAACAAGUGUCAGGAGUUGCGAUGGAGCCCAAAGGACAUUUAUCAAAAAUAUCAGGAAGUCGACCAUGAUAAUAGUUAGUGUGAACAUGGGCAGACUUUGGAUCAGAAACUGAAAGCAGACAUUAAAAGAAUGAAUAACAACUGUAAAGAAUUUCCCAAGACAGAGUAGGAUGGAGAGUGCUGGUGGGAGGUUUAUGCUCCUCCAUGAGGGGUAGCUGGCUUAAUUAAGUAGGUAAGGAUUGUAGGCACUUACAUUAAGAAGAAAAAACUCAAACAGGUAAGAUGUUAGAAAUUCUACCUCAUUUUACAGUCAAUUAAAUGGAUACUAGACCUUGUUUGCAUCACUUAUUGGUAAUCACACCGACAUAGAAUCGAUGAAACGAACCACUUUCGAAGGGAGGAUCGUUAGUGAAGCUUUCGAACUGAAUUAUAGUUUCAAUGUAGGGCAGGCUUACUGGAAGUCUGCGACCAUUGUAAAUAAACCCACUAUUGUCAACACUCAGUGACAGAUUCCAUUCGUGUAUAUCUUAUGUUUUCUUGGAUUAUCGCUGGAAUAUUUUUUUGGUAACAUUUUAAUAUGGUUUGUUUAGUUACGAGGAGAUUUAUUCGACUUCUUUAUUACUAAACCGUGACAGCACUUAGUAAUACUACUAAUUCGUAUGAUCUAUUACUCAUUUAUUACGUGAAAAUACUGACAUUCAUGUGUAUUUCGGACUGAUGGUUAACGGAAGUUCAUCGAACGUGAGUGAGUGAAUGAAAGUAAAUUUGACGGUGAUGUUUUCAGUUUGCUUAUACUAAUGAUUUGCACGAAUGACUGUGUUAUAAAAUUUGGAACUAGACUACCUACAUAUGUGUCAGAAGGUAAGUUUUCUCUACUUUUUCUUACGUGUUUGAUUCGCGGUUUUGUGGUUGUAGAAUAUAACUAUUGCAAUAGGUCGAUGUUUUUCAUAACAUGAGCAAGUUCAAGGGAGUAGAUCCCUUGUAAACCCUUCAAAUAAGUUAUACAAGACAAGGCACCUACAACUUCGUCGUCUGUUUUGGAAGUAUAUUGUUUGUCUGAAGUAAACCGUGAGAUGAUUUAUGAAGAGAGUGAAUUCUCGGCCUUCCAUAGUAUUGAAAGUGUGAUAUGGCACAAUACAUGACUAGGCGUUCCUUGAACAUAGAAUCAUAUCUGAAUUCAGUGUCGUAGAAUCAUAUCGACGAGGACGCAAAUGUCUUGGGUUGUAAUCUCUUGUGCGGGAUCAUGGAUGAGCACUAAUGAGGAGUCCCAUACCAGGAUGAGACGGCCGUCCAUUGGUUCUAGGUUUUCAGUAGUGGUCCAACAUUCACCGACUCACAAAUUCAAUCCAAAACUUAAUAAUUUUCAGUCUCACACUGAUAGAAACUCGAAAUGAUUCCUUCACAAAACUUGUGUACUAAUAAGCUGUGUGUGGCUAAUCAUGUUAAAAGCUAUGGAGUGUUUUCAUGGUCGUUGGGAGACGAGGUCGAGAUAUUGAUGAUGCGGUUGUCAGGUUACGGUCUUGAGUGCUUUUUAUGCAAAUUCGAUUAUGACCAGUUGGACAUCAUUAAGAGUACCAUAAAGAAAGGAGAUGCUCAUGGACUCUUCGAUCACGGGAUUACUGCACAACCUGUUAUAUGUGUGAACUUCAUAUUAGCUAAUCUUAGCUUUCUAGGAGCUAAUCGUUGAGCUGUUAAGAAUAGAGAUGGUCCUGUAAAUGCUGGCUUAACACAUUUUUUUCUGUUUGGAUUUGUAUGGUCCACAAUAUUUGUCGUUAUAGUUAUUUAUCGUUUGAAAAUCUGAGUCGUUACGUUUUUGACUUUAACAAAGGAUAACCUGCAGCCAGGAAAUCCACAGAGCUUAGAUAAAGAAGUUAUUUAAAAUAUGCGUUGUCAAGGUUCAUUCGCCAAUGACCUCUCGCAUACAUAGCGACGUUUUCGUUGCCGAUUUAUGUCAUAAUCCGAAGUUGAUGUAUAAUUCGUUUAAUGUUGGAUCUACACUUUCAAGUAUAACCCCUCUUAAGUUUUUGUAAUGUUCUAAAACAUCAGUGGUUAACCUACUAAUUUUGAAGUAGUUGCUGAACUAACGUGGUUGGGCCAUCAAAACUGCGAGUUACUGAACACAUGGGUCGGUCACACCAAAUGUGGUCCGUUGCGGAUGACUGGCCGAGAGCCUUCCGCUAUAUACAUACAUUUACUAAGCGUUUUGAGACCAUUGUCAAUGUCAAGGACUAAUAAAACUGUUUACUUCAUAGAUUUAUCUGCUAAUACCAAAGUAUUAAAAAUGUUAUACAUCAUGUAUUUUUAAUCUAAAAUCCAUAACAGCCAAUGGCUUAAGAGGUGAACACUCAACAUCUAGAAUUUAGAGAGGUUGGGAAACGGUGGAGGCAGAAACACUUAGUUGGUAUGGCAUAGCUUGGCCAUGCAGACAUGGUCACUCUACGUAACUUCCUUCUUUUCGUGUUAAAUAUAUUAUUUGCUUUCCAGUUCAAAAGCGUUCCUCAGAGGCUAUAAAUGGUAUUAUGCUGAUUGUCACGAUAGGACAAGUCAAUAUAGACGCUUAUGUGACUUCCACGUAAGAUCUUAUAGAUUACGCAAUCAUGUGAUGGUGAAUCUACAAUUUAGGAUUAAGUCUAUUAUUCUAGUGGCAAAAAGAGAUGAGGUUAAUAUCAUCUUUGACGUUAAUCCAACAGUUUCACUAGUGUUGAUGGGCGAACUUGUACGUAUGGUAGUCAUUUCGGCUCAAAUUUUAUAGCAAGUAGUAACAUUCGGUAAUACUCGGUUUUUAAGCAGUUUGUUUUCUGUUUUGCGGAUGGUUCAACCUCAUGGGAUUAUGGUUGUGAUGUUAAUGAUUUUGCGUUCUAGGACGCAAAAUCAGGGUUAAACUAGAGUUGAAAAUGUUGUCUGUAAAUAUCUGAUAUUUUACUAUACCUGUGGGUGUAGCGGACUGUCAAAUGGGUUUUAGCAUAAGGUCUGUCUACAACUUCGUACCGAAUUAUAUUUCCGGAAACCAGCAUUCAAUUUAUUCUUCGUGAUCAAUAUGAGUUGCAUAAUUUUUAUUUUGUAAAACCAUUGUGAGACUAGAUAAAUAAUAUACAGGGCCGUUACUGUGUAAAUGGAUGAGAACAUGAUCUUAAGUAUUUUGUCUUAAAAAUAGUACAAGAGAAACGGUGGGAAUUACAAGCACCUGAAUAAAAGUAUAAUCUGUAAGAUCCAUUUUGAAUGGUUUGUGUGUGAAAAUCCUCCCAUCUAUACACUUGCAGUUUGUUCCUAUUGAUUCCUUUAGUUGCACAUUUUGUUAGUCUUUUUGAUUGUGUUUGAGUUGUUAAUAUUCGUAUUUUCAUGUAGAUUUUAUGUUUCUUACGCCUUUACUAAGUUUUGAUGUUUCUUCCUGAACUGCAUUUGUGUUGUUUUACUUGAUACUUAGUCUUAGUGGCAGCGAUAUUGGUUCGUUCCUCCUAUUGAUUGUGUUGCUUGUAUUGACUGGAACUGUGCAUUUUUUGAUUGUAAAUUGAGGCACUCUUUCAGAAUUGGAAACACUCUGUGUUAUAAAGCAACCAAAUAUUAUCGUUUGAACGAAUCUGUGCGUGGUCUAUCCAGACACUAUAGAAUAGCAUUUAUUUGUUGCGAUUGAUAAUUUUCUCGCAUCCUUUAUCAAUUUCCUUAUUUAUUCUAAUUUAGAUUUGAUGAAUUGAACAAUUAUUGGUUGAAUAGCUGGGUGGUCAUAUUUAUUUAGGUAACAAUGUACACUUUGUUUUUGUUUCAACCGGGCAAGGGCGCGUAUCCAACUCACUUGGACAGCUAUUUUUCAGUCAAAACCUUAGUUUGGAUCGUACAUAAUCAUUUUGACAAUAAGAACGGCUUUCGUCAACUUGCAAUGGUUUGUUCGCCUGGUUCCCAAAGAUCUGUAAGCCGAAGUACAGCUCGUACCCAUAGCGCAAGCCGAAGUCGAUCUAGGAGUGGCAGUAUUCGGCGAAGUUAUACACAUUCGAAUCGUAGUCGAUCAGGAACCAGAUCAUUUUCCAGACGCAGUUCCCAUUCACGUCGGAGUACUAGGUCAAAAAGUCACUCCAAUUAUUCUCGUUCACAUUCUGGCAGUCGACGUUCCAGAUCAUGGUCUAGAUCACGUUCACGCUCUCAUGGUCGGUCCGCUUACUCGUCACGUUCACGUUCUGCUAGUCGUUCCAGAUCAAGAUCUUAUCGUAGUCGAAGAAAGUCGUUUUUUAGAAGUAGAACAAGAAGUUGUUCGUAUCACUCAGUUCGUUCACGAUCACACAGCCCCAAUUCAAGAAACGUUUCGCCAAGCGCCAAAUGUGUCAAAGAUCCGAGGGAUCGUUCUAAGCGUGCACAUUGGACAAAUAAUGUUUGGUUAGUUGGUGAAAAAGCAAAGGAUACAGUUUUUCAUUUCUGUGAUAUUUGUGAUUUACCAAUUGUAAUCUAUGGACGUUUGGUAGCUACCUUGUAAGCAUGUAUUGUGUUAUACAUGUGCUAUGAAUCUUAUGAAGAAAUGUAAUAGGUGAGUUGAUUUGUGCUUAUGUCUGUCCUUCACAUACGUCGGUAGUUUUUUUAAUUCUUUUGACUAACAAGUGUAAGUAAACACAGGCUUUCAGAUAUUGUUUUGGCUAUUUAUGGAGCAGAGCAGGUAGAUCAUUUUCCUCAUAAUUAUACAAUAUCAUAUUUAUAUGUUAGCUGGGGUACUACUUAAGGGCCUAAUCAGAGGCCGAGUGUUUUAGUAUGCGACUGUUCUCCCAUUCGUAUUACCGCUGUCACACAGAAUGUUGGCUGAGGUAAUAUACGGAGUUAAAUAGAAGAUUUAUGCUCACAGCAUUUUCGCACGGUCAAAUCGGAUAGAGAUCACGGCACCGCAAAAUCUCUUAACUAAUCUUACCAGUAGUGUUUAAGUAGAAAGCUUUCACAUGGUUUAUAUACUCCAUUGAUCGGUCACAAUGAUAACUAUUCAAUGAGUAAUUAAUCUAGUUAUUUCUAUUUAUCUAUACAGUGCAUUCUUAGUAAUUUAAUGUGUAUAUUUCUCUCAUUAGAUGUCAAAAGUCUAUACAAACUGUGGAACGAUGUUUAGUCGGAGGAAUAUUCAUGUGCUUUGAAAGUGAUGGUUGCCGGCGUACUUAUCUCAGUCAUCGUGAUCUUCAAGCCCAUAUUGACCAUCGACAUCGUACUGGGUCAACUGUAAUUACUUCAGUCGCUAAUAAUAGCAGUAGUAAUAAUGUAAAUAGUACGAUGAUAACUAAAAACGAUAUUGUCGCACAUUCAGAAAUAAUUACACCUUUGCCAAACCAAGUCAAUUUUACGGAAGAGGCGUCUCUACUUUCCGGCGUUGUAAAAACUAUAACAACAAAUGCUAAUCAAGUGACUACACCUUUAUCCAUAGAUAAGACAACGACUGGUGCGCCUCCUCCAAUGUCUUUGUUAGGUCCAUCACCAAGGUUAGUUAUGAAUACGAUGAUUCCACCAACUUGUGGAACAACUCAACCGAAUAUUUAUAUUAAUAAUCAGAAAAACAGUGGUCUUUUACCAUUACCGCCUGCACAGACUUCAUCCUCAACAAUUUUUUCAAAUCGACUUCCUAUGGGGAUACCUCGACCGCUUAGACUAAACAACCUGAAUAGUAGUUGUAGUACUACUACUAACAAUAAUAAUAACAGUAAUAACACUGUUACUAAUAAUUUUCCUCAACUUCAGCAGUUCACAAACUGUCCUCCGCCUACACUUCCACCUCCACCAUCUAUCGGGGCACCGAAUAUUCGUGCGCCACCACCAGGACCACUACAACAAGCACCACCACCGUCUGCAUUUCUUGCUAAUUCACUUUCCAUUCCGUCAUCGUCGUCUACACAGCAUAAUCAGAACUUUAGUGGUGCUUCAGCUGUUGCUGCUUUAGCUGCUGUUGUCUCAGCGGCGAUGUCAGCAGCAGCAGCUGUCCAGUCGAAAUCUGCUGGAAUGACAGUAGUUGGUGGUACAAAUAAUCUAUCUGGAGCAACGAUUCAACAAUCUUUGACUAGUAAUCAAAUGCAGGUAAUUAUAUAUAAAUAUUUUAUUCGUUCAUUUUACUAAUCACUUAUUUUGACCGAUAUCGUUGUUUGUCGGUUGAAUUCAUAUGAGAUUGAACUCAUUUAGAGUCGUAUUGAAAAUUAGCGAACCAACUAUUUCGUCCUAGUAUUCGCCUCCUUGGCAGCACGGACUCACGAUAUCACCAGGGAUGAUAAACAGGACCUACAGGUUUCAUGGCUAACACUUAGCCACUAAAAUACGACCUACAUUUCAACCAGUCUACAUACAAUCCACUGAGCCAUUGUCUUCAUUAUAUUUAGUGGUAAUUUUCAUAAUAAACUAGGGUUGGGCGUAAAAAUAACAUUGAAAAUGACAGGGAAGGUGUUUCUUUUAAGCCCAGGAUGUUUUUACGCAUUUGACCUUAAUCAUAGUUGAACCUGAAACUUCGCUCUUAUCUAGUCUUAAUGAAAUUCAGCCUUUGAAAACUGAAGAUAUUUGUGUAGUGUUAGUAUUUAAAUAGCAGAUAUAUUUUCGAAGCAUUGUUUGGCUAUGGUGUAAUGUUGAAGCGAUAGGCUAGAUAGUGAAUAUUGAUUAUCGGUUAGUUGAUGAAGCUGUGAAAUUCCAUCGACAUAAGUUGUUGGUCAUAAGUAGCAUAUAUAACAAUUGUUCUUUUUUAAGAUAAAUACGACCAAUUAAUUUUCUUUCUCCACACAGUUUCAGUAACACGGAAGGAUUUUUACCGUCAGGAGUGCUGUUGUAUUGUUAUUGUCAACAGGGAAUUAUUUUCAAGGGAGUUAAAUUUGUUAGUUAAGAAAACUGGGUAAAGGAUCAGCUGAGACAGUUUAUAAACUAUAAAUUUUACAUAAAUAGACUGUAGUGUAUAAGGUUAGGGUUACUUGUAGAUCAUCAAAGAAAAGGGUUACAUUAUUCAAUGAAAAGGUAUUGAAUAUUAGAUCGAAUGUCAUUGAUAUCUGCUUAUUGAUGAUUAAAAAGUAUUUAGUUCUCACCUAGUAGAUUAAAAUUUUGAACACUGUUCCGCCUACUUUGACCAGCCCUCAAGUAACUAAAGUGUGAUCCAAACGCAAGUUCUUGGUAAACUUAUAAAGCCAACUCAAUUGAAAUUAAAGCAGUAAUUCUCGCAUAACAUUGGAUAAUGAUCACAUCAACUACGUGCUGACAGAAUUGAAAAAUAUGAAGCAAUAAAUUCCCUUACUUUGUAAUAUAAAUGAGUUAUGGCUUAUUUUAGAUCUACUAAUCAUCAGCUCUGCCCACUAUGAUAAGACCAUAGGUGUACGUCGGUCAGAAGCAGUAAACAAGGAUGGAACAUUUGUUCAGUUUUUUUUAGUUUGACCAUUAUUAAUGAUCAUGACACUAUCCGUAACUUUAUCUUUAUUCAUUUGCCUAGACUUUCGAAUUUAUAUGGUUAACAUUUCAUGUAAUUCAUGUAUCUCCUGAUAUAUAUUUUCUAAAUACUUUUCCUAGCCACCUAAUCCAUUGAAUGCCUCAUCAUUAAUUACAAAUGCACUUCGAGCUACUAACCCCAAUUGGAAUCCAUUGGCUACUGGUGUAUCGAAUGUAUUGAAUAACAGUAACAAUAAUAAUAAUAAUGCAAAUAAUAGUAAUAAUAAUCAGAAUAACUUUAACUCAAGAUGUUUACCAUUUCAAUAAGGAAAUGUGCUUGUAUACAUUUGACUGUUACAUUAAUAAAAUUUUUUUAUUAUCUCAAUGUAACUUUGUAACACAAUUUUCAGUAUUUUUUGUGUAAUAUAAGACAAACUACUGUGAGUAGUCAAGAUUUUUAUCACAAUUAUUGUUUCCCAUCAAGGUUUUAUGAACUAUUGGCUAGUGCAUUUGUCUUAAUAGAUUCUUGUGCCAUAUGGAAGUAUACCCUAGAUGACUAUAUUUCUGUUUGUUCAGGAUUUGCUUAGUGUUUACAAGUAAGGAGGUAUGGGACGACUAAUUCAACCUGUCUAGUCUUAGGAGGGAGAAAACAAUGUCACUACAUUUGUGUUAUGAAGUUGUAAUUGGAUUUGUCUAGUCAAAUCCCAAUAAAAAAGUAAUAUGUUACACGGAGAUGUUAGUCCAUUUGACUUGUACUUAUCUUUUCGUCGUUAAUUUGAAUACAGUUUACGUACUUGGCUUCAAGUUACAGAAACUGAAUUAAGUUGAGUGGGGUUCGAACCCGAGAUCUUUGGUUAAAAGCAAAGUGGCUAUGUGAAUUCAAGUAGACUACUAUUUAUCACCAGCUGUAAAAGUACCUGGGAAUUUAAAGAAUUAGGAUCACUCUUUUCAUAAAGAAAACCAUGAAAUACAUACUACUCUGAAGUAGUUAUAAUGGAAUAAUCAAUACUGGGAUUCAGGUAUGUUAAACUGAUGAGUCCUAGAUUUGACAUCAUUGUCAUUUCGGUAUGUACUGCUAGCUUUUAUUCAUGUUAGAAACACAAUACAGUGGUGUAAUUCACAUACGCUUCGUUUGAAACGGUUUCAGUUCAAAGCUCUUUACAAUAAUAAUUGCUUAUGUAGUAUGAAAUAAAUUUAGUGUUCUCCAGUUUUAUAAAUAACAAUGUUGGACACAAUGUACGUUAAUAUAAAUUGGUACGGAUCUCGUUAGGUCAGGAAUAAAUAACAAAGGUAGAGACAAUUUAAGCUUAUAUGAUGCAAUUAAAAUUUCGGGACUUAUAAGUAAGGAAUUAUAUCAAGCCCCAAACUAAGUGAAAGCAAUCUUUGCUUGCGAUUACCAUCGAUUUCAAGCAAAUAUCAACCAGUGUAUCUAAGAGGGAAACCUUUAGUCACUAUAAUUGAGGAAAGAAGCUUUACUCCAGGGCUUGUCAAUCUACAGAAAACAACAGUAUUCAUUGGUUUAUCUGUAACCCUUGGUAUCUAGAAAUUCCUGGAAGCAUACCUAAUUUCCUAACAGUGUAAGUAAUCAUCCAGUCAGAGUAUAAUACAUAAUCCAUCAGUGCUCGGGAAGUUUCCGAGGCGUGUGCUGGUUAAAAAAAUAAUCUUAGCACUUUUCUGACUAUUUAAGAUUCUAUAGGGAAAUCGCACCAAUAUAGAUCUAUCCUUUUGGACUAGAUAAGGGUAUAUAGUCUAAUACCUUGACUAAGUACAUAAAUGGCAUCAUUUAGUAAUUUAACUUGUUUAAAAUCUUGUCCUUGAGAAUUCCUGUGAGUACAUGCACUUAAUAUGUUUAAACCAAACUUCCUUAAUCAAUCG